AUGCGGCCGGCGCAACUCAUGAAGGUGUUCGUCACCCGCAGGAUCCCCCCCGAGGGCCGGGCACUGCUCGCCGGGGCCGCAGACUGUGAGGUGGAGCAGUGGGAUUCAGAUGAGCCCAUCCCCAGGAAGGAGCUGGAGCGAGGCGUGGCCGGCGCCCACGGCCUGCUGUGCCUCCUCACGGAGCAGGUGGACAGAACGCUCCUGGACGCCGCAGGAGCCAAUCUCAAAGUCAUCAGCACCAUGUCUGUGGGCGUCGACCACUUGGCUUUGGAUGAAAUCAAGAAGCGUGGGAUCCGCGUGGGCUACACCCCAGAUGUCCUGACAGACGCCACCGCCGAGCUCGCCGUCUCCCUGCUGCUCACCACCUGUCGCCGGCUGCCGGAGGCCAUCGCGGAAGUGAAGAAUGGUGGCUGGACGGCGUGGAAGCCGCUGUGGAUGUGUGGCUACGGCCUCACGCAGAGCACCGUCGGCAUCAUCGGGCUGGGGCGCAUAGGCCAGGCCAUUGCUCGGCGACUGAAGCCAUUUGGUGUCCAGAGAUUUCUGUACUCAGGGCGCCAGCCCAGGCCCCAGGAAGCAGCAGAGUUCCAGGCAGAGUUUGUGCCCACCUCCUAUCUGGCUGCUGAGUCCGAUUUCAUCGUUGUGUCCUGCUCCUUAACGCCUGCAACCAAGGGUCUCUGCAACAAGGACUUCUUCCAGCGGAUGAAGAACACAGCUGUGCUUGUCAACAUCAGCAGGGGAGACGUGGUGAACCAGGACGACCUGUACCAGGCCUUGGCCAGUGGCCAGAUUGCAGCUGCUGGACUGGAUGUGACGACCCCGGAACCACUGCCUACGAACCACCCUCUGCUGACCCUGAAGAACUGUGUGAUCCUGCCCCACAUUGGCAGUGCCACCCAUGGAACCCGAAACACCAUGUCCUUGUUGGCAGCCAACAACUUGCUGGCUGGCCUGAGAGGGGAGCCGAUGCCCAGUGAACUCAAACUGUAG